CUUGACAGUAUUCUACAGCCAAGGUUGACUCCCUCCAGUCCCUCUCGCAACCCCUUUCCCUGUCAAUUCUUCCAUCUUUAUCCCUUUACUCAAGCCGACAACUGCAUUGCAACCAUGACGCCCCGAGCCAACACCAAAAUCAUUGUCGUCGGCGGCGGCGGCACAAUGGGCUCGUCGACAGCCCUACACCUCCUGCGCGCCGGCUACACGCCGUCCAACAUUACAGUGCUCGACACGUGCCCUAUCCCCUCCGCACAGUCUGCAGGCUACGACCUGAACAAAAUCAUGAGCAUCAGGCUGCGCAACAAGCCUGAUUUACAGCUCUCUCUUGAGGCGCUGGACAUGUGGAAAAAUGAUCCUCUCUUCAAGCCGUUUUUCCACAAUGUUGGAAUGAUCGACGUCUCUUCAACAGAGGAAGGCAUCGAGGGUCUUCGGAAGAAAUACCAGUCUCUUCUCGACGCAGGCAUUGGGCUCGAGAAGACGAAUUUCAUGCUGGAAAGUGAAGACGAGAUCCUGGCUAAAGCGCCGCAUUUCACGCAGGAGCAGAUUAAAGGCUGGAAAGGCCUGUUCUGUGGCGACGGCGGCUGGCUCGCUGCAGCCAAAGCCAUCAAUGCCAUUGGGCAGUUCCUCAAGGAACAGGGCGUCAAGUUUGGAUUCGGCGGCGCCGGCACGUUCAAAAAGCCACUCUUCGCCGAUGCCCACGAGAAGACGUGCAUCGGCGUCGAGACUGUAGACGGCACAAAGUACUACGCCGACAAGGUCGUUCUAGCAGCUGGUGCCUGGAGUUCGACGUUGGUCGAUCUGGAGGAGCAGUGCGUUUCAAAGGCCUGGGUCUUUGCCCACAUCCAACUGACGCCCGCUGAAGCAGCCGCGUAUAAGAACACUCCUGUUAUAUACGACGGUGACUAUGGGUUUUUCUUUGAGCCGAAUGAAAACGGCAUCAUAAAAGUCUGUGACGAAUUCCCUGGCUUCACGCAUUUCAAAAUGCACCAGCCGUACGGCUCGCCGGCGCCCAAACCCAUCUCUGUGCCUCGUUCCCAUGCGAAGCACCCCACAGAUACAUACCCGCACGCGUCGGAGGUCACGAUCAAAAAGGCUAUCAACCGGUUCCUGCCGAGGUUCAAUGACAAGGAACUGUUUAACAGGGCCAUGUGCUGGUGCACCGAUACCGCGGAUGCAAAUCUGCUUGUUUGUGAGCAUCCACGCUGGAAGGGGUUUUAUCUUGCAACAGGGGACAGUGGGCAUUCGUUCAAGUUGCUGCCGAAUAUUGGAAAGCAUGUUGUCGAGUUAUUGGAGGAGAGGCUGGAAAGUGUGUUUAAGGAUGCUUGGAGGUGGAGGCCUGGCAGUGGGGAUGCAUUAAAAAGUAGACGGGCUGCGCCUGCGAAGGACCUGGCGGAUAUGCCGGGGUGGAGGAAUGAGGCAAAGAUGUAGAUGCAUAUUAAAGAAAUUCCAUAUCAUUAC